UCUCACGAUAAGGUGUGUAACUCAAUCAGAUGUGACCAGGGAAGCUGUUAACAACAUAUAUAGAUGUCAUUUAAACUGUUCAUUUGCAUGGAAGUUAACAGUUUAUUUACGAUCCUGAAAAGUGAUCACGUUUUUCUAUUAAAGAGAGAAAUAAAUCUUUCAUAGGAUCAAGUCUCCGUGUUUUUAAGUCUUAUAGGAAUAAAAAGUUGUCAUAUAUUAUCAGCAUUGCAAUCAGCUUAAGUUUUUUCAUAAUAAUUCUGUGGCAGUCACUGGAAGAGUUGGGAGAUACAUUAACGAAUCGUUUUUCUAACAACUGCUCUUCUAUAUGCCAGGAUUUCUAACGAUGAUCAGCUGUUUUCUUUUUUUAUUACACGAUUUUUGGCACUAGAAUUCGAAAAAUGUUAAUUUCAAAAUUUAGAAGAAAGUCCAAAGACAUUUUCAAUAGUACAUCACUUUUAAGAGAAAUUAUGUGCAGUGUUAUUACAUUUUCAAUCUUUAUAUAACAUUACUGAAGUAUUUCAGUGGGUAUUAUUAGAUUGUUGUUUAGUAGCUACAUGAUUGUACAUUUGUUGGAUUGCGUUAGGAUUUGGGACAGUUAGGAUUAACACUAAUUGAAAAGGAAACACAAGAUGUUUUGGAGGCUGCAUGCAUUUUAUGUUGUUUGGCUUUGGGUCGCUGAACUAUCUGCUGAGUCGACUUUAAGCAAUGUCGCGACUGCAGCUUCAGCAGUAGUCAAUGAAAACGUACAUGAUGACAUCACACGUGGUGCUGCCUGGAGGACUCAGUUCAUUGACAACAAGAAUGGAUCAGUGUCAUCCUCCAGAAUUGAUGUGCAGUCUAGAUCUGAGUCUCAGUUACUUUGUAGACCACAGGAUCUCUCGUCUAUCAUUCAGCCACACCCUGUUACCUUGUUAAGAAUCUCAACUUUAGCUAUUCAAGCCUUGAGCCCUGACACCCCUUUCCAGUUCAACGUGGACUCAACUAUUUACAAACUUUUAAUCAAUGUACAAGAGAACGAUCCCCUGCCUCCUAAACUAAUGGAUCCUUCCGGUAUGUUUGUCAGUUCGAGACACACAAGAUCUUUGUCAACGGAAGUCAACAUUGACCAAAGAAAGCGCACAAUCAAUGUUCAGACUUCACUAGCACCUCAAGUCCACUCGUCGCGAUUGUCAACAGGUCGCACUUUAAGUCGACUUCAAAACACUGCCGACAAGAGCAACGUCACAUCAGGGCGUUUCUAUUCGAAAAACAUUUAUUCAAAUUUUCAGCACCACAAAUUCAGGACGAAAGACCCAUAUAAUCUUGUUUCGAAUCGGAUUAAUUACCCUGCGCACUCUCAUUCAAAGUACUCCCAGAAUUCAUCAAUACGAAAGCUUAGAGCAGCAGCUAUGUAUCAGCUGAACCCUGGACUUCGUCAGUGGCAGAUUGACAUGCCAGAUGCAGGAACAUGGACACUGAAUGGUAUAAUACAAAAUGCUAAGAACAUUACAGUCCUUGGAUUCACUGAACUCGAUUUUGUGUUUGAGUUUCUAGAUUACCACAUGCAGAAAUUGGAGCUUCCACCUAUUGCUCAUGACCCUUAUAUAGUGACUAUUCACAUGACGUCACUUAUCUGCUUGUUCAACAUAACCAGAGUGGACCUGUACGAUGACCUCGGCAAGGUCUUGCUCAGCUCCCCCAUGAUUGACCCGAACCUGCAAAGGACACAACAGUCGAACGAGCACGCAGACGCUGUCAGCGUCCAAGCAAUGUUCUUUACACCCGCGCAGCCAUUUUAUCUAUGUUUACGUGGAUACGACGCACGAGGAAUUCCGUUUCAACGCCUGAGCUCAGUAAGAGUGGUUCCCAGACUCUUUGCCAUGUCAGUUCCAGACAAUUUCACAAAAGGUCUACCUUUCUCCCCCACGAAGAACGACACAUUCAAACUGUGGAUCAGAAACGAAGAUCAAGAUGCUUCUAUUAAAAUUACCGUUCAGUUCGAUAAUGAGUUCGUUACAGGCAAGGUUCGUCCAACGAUUCUCAAAUGGAUGAAAAGUUUUCACUCUCCCAUGUUUCAAAAUACGGAGGUGACAGUGGUGGUCAGUCCUGAAUUGAAGUAUCCCACAACAGUAUCUGUGAACUUGACUGCCACAAGAACUUUGGACGGACUGACAGAAACUUUACUGGAAACUAUCUCGGUGGUGCCAGAGAUCUACGCAUUGGACCAUACGGCGCCGUUCUGCAGGGUGUUGUCUUCUCGGGGAGGCUGCAGGCCUGACAUUGCCUGCCAUCUGCAACAAUGGGGAGUCGAUGUGUUGGUUGCAGACAACGCCACGGGGGUGUCAUCUGCAGAGUUCGUCAAUGCUCCAACCGGAUCCAUAACAGAUGUGCUGGUUUCAUAUUCCAGCGACAAUGAGACCGCAGUGGCCAAAUACAGAUUCACCUGCUGCAACACUCAGGCUACUCUUGAGGUCAAGGACAGAGCCAAGAAUGCGGAUCGGUGCACCUUUCAAGCCCUGAGACUGCCCUCCCAGGAAGUAAGCAUUUCCCUGAGCAGCACCCUUACUCCGACAAAGUGGGAGACGCCUCUUUCAAGCGAAGCAUACACCUCUACGGUCGCAAAACUUAGCUCCAUCAAAACCAGCGCUAGGAGAACCAGCCCUUCCAAUUUGGUGCGGAAGCGCAUCGAGAGUUGGGAUGACGAGAAGUACGCCACCCUGAAGUUGGACGCCAUUAUAAUCGGGGCUGUUGCAGGAGUGGCAUUCCUAGCGAUCAUGGUCAUCUGUUUCGCGUAUAGGUGCGCUCAUCGAAAGGUGGCCGCCAGAUCACAGAGCGAGUCCAGUGACAUAACCAUGCGAAACAGCUGGGAGACAGGUUCCGACAACGGUUCCGGUGCUGGAAGCAUCAGGAUUACAUCCUAUCACAGAAGUGAGAGCGAGGAGAUUGAAUUGGGCAUGAGAGGAUCUGACAUUCUUUCCACAAAGAGGCAUUCCUCUGGGGAUGGUGCUCAAAGUACGUCUACAUGCGAUCUUCACCACAACUUCAAACAAGAAAUGACAUCAUCGGAAACUUCUGCUAUGCCGCGGCAUGUAAACGAGGACGCCGGUAGUUUGGACUUCCAGUGCGUCGCUGGCAACGGCGAAGACACCAAAAACGAACUUGCAAGAGAAGAGAGCAGCAUGCGAGCCGAGAAAGCCGGAGAAACCUAUCGCGCAAUGAUGGACAUCCAGCAGCGGUUGACAGACAUGAAUAUUAGGAUGAUGAGAUUAGCUGAGGGCUCAGAUUCCGAAAAUCUGCUGGAAAACGCGACUAUGCCCCAAACGGCUGGCUUUAAUCGCUCUUGCGUCGACGCACCGCCAGGUUCCCCCUCCUCUCGGGAGAGUAGAAAGGGCGCCACUUCUCGCCCUGACUUCCCUCCGUGCAGACGUAAUGAAAUAAACAUAGACCCGAAAACUUUUCCGGUUAAAAACCAGGACUUUGGUCAAUCGAUUCGUCGCGACGCAAUCACAUUACAUGACCGCGAUAAAAAUAGACUUGGUGCUCAUUCUAUAGUGGACCGAAGUGUGACUUCGUUGAAAAGUCUGGGAAGUAGCACAGACUCAAGAAAACUGAACGGACCCUUAAGCUCACAAAACAAUGGGUCGAAAUCUAUAGUUCGAUUUCAGGUUCCUUUUGUCCCCGAAACCAAUGUAAACACGAACUCCACCCACGCCUAUAGACCAGAAAAAUACCUAACUCUUCCGUCGGUUCGAAUCUCGGAGUUAAAGCGGAAUAAUUUAACUCCUGAACUCAGACGCCAUGUUUUAGAGCUAAAUUUCAACGCCGAUGCCAGGAGACGCUCCGCACCGGAAGCACUGUCAGUGAAGAACAGAGCGCAGGACAAGACUUCCUCGAGUAAUCUCCUAAUCGAUAUCUCGGAUCAGAUCGCCUGCUCCCGAAACGGGAGGCCACUCAGCACAACCAGAAUGGAAGACAUCGUUAGAAGAAAUGGAGCGUUUAAUUCCCCUGUUUUACCGGCGGCCAAGAGUGGCAGUCCGAGCGUUGACCCGUCAAACCACAUGCGCGCGGGAUCAUCUGAGGUGAGCCAACUGGAGUUGCAGUAUGACCUCAGACAUGUGCGCAAUAAACUGUGUCAGUUUCAGGUCAUGAUAGACCGAGAGCUGGAGGAAAAAAGCCGUUUACGGCUGACCAGCGACCUGUCCACAAGCAGCAGUGAGGAGGACAAUGAUGAAAGUGGAUAAAAACUUUUAGGGAGUGACCAGAAACUAACAAAACAAAAAAUGUCUAAAAUUUCUUAACAUUUGGUGGUCAUGUGAGUGCUUGACUUCAAGAUGGAAAAUACAGAACAAGUAACACUACCGUUACUAGAGAUUUUUGUUAAGAUUUUUAUGAUUGCUUUCUGCGUUAGAGGACCGUGGAUGGUGUCCCUGGUCAUCUAUUCUAGUCAAAACUUCAUGGAACCUGGAACAGUUUGAAGCUGUACGGACGCUGAUCACAAAAAUGGCUCUAACGAUUUUCCUGGAAAUUUAACCGUUGAUGUAUAUCGCUGAGAAAAGAAUUACUAGCUCGUUGGCAACAUGGCGAAAACUCUUGUUGGACCUUUAUCAUUUUCCCAAGUAAAAAAUAAAUAAAUGUAAAUUUGGCUUAAGAACUAGACUUAGAUCUAGGGCCAACAUCGGUUUUGAAAGGAGAAUCGCGUUCUUGAAAGGAUAAUGGCGUUCGUAAAUUUCCAAAUGUUAGGAAUUAUUGAUUCAUUAGUUUAAUAAAUUAAUGUUAAUUGUUCAGGAAAAAAUUUCGCAUCGUCUUCUAAGUAUAGAUUUAAAGGUAUAGAUCUACAUCAUUCGAGUUAUUCAAUAAAAGUUAUUUAUUAAAUUUAAA